GUUGCCAUGCCGUAAAGCACUUCGUCCGACCUGCCAGUGAAGAGCGACAGAAGGCCUUAAAGCUUAUAAAUUUAUAGACGAUGAAAGCAGGGUUAUCCAAACGCACUUUCAUUUUAUAGACAGUAUUAUCGUCUUCCUCACAAUGAUCAUAGAGAACGUUGAAGCCCUGAAGUCGUGGCUGGCAAAACUCCUAGAACCAAUAUGUGAUGCUGACCCCUCUGCAUUAGCCAACUAUGUGGUGGCGCUUGUAAAGAAGGACAAAUCGGAGAAAGAUCUGAAAGCACUGUGUGCUGAUCAGCUUGAUGUCUUUCUUCAAAAAGAGACAACAGGAUUUGUCGAUAAACUGUUUGAAAGUCUGACAACCAAGAACUACCUUGGAAAUCCUCCUGCCAAGGAAGUACCGAAGGAAGAAGUCAAACCACCUGCAGUCAAAGCUGAUGGUGUGGAGGCUGAAACUCCAGAGGAAGAGAGAGGAAUCAGGCGGAGAAGAAGUCCUCUGAGAAACCGCGCUGACUUCAAUGAUGCCAGGGGCCGCGAUGACAGGAGGCGGGAUGAGCGCAAGCGCCGCGAUUUCGAUCGGCACUUGAAAAGUGGAAGCGAAUCCAUCCGUGAGCGGGAGCGUCACGAGCGCCGCAGGGGCAGCCCCCGCGGGAGGAGCUACAGCCGAAGCCCCAGCCGGAGCAGGAGUGGCAGCCGAGGAAAGAGCAGGGACAUGGAGCACAGAGGAGGCAGAGACUUUAAGUCAAAGUUUGAGUUGGAAAGGAAGGAUGCAGACUGCUUCAACUCUUCCAACACAUCUGGCUCCCAGCAGCAGCACCCAUCGCCUCUCCUGCCUCUGCCCACACCUCUGCAUCCGUUUUCCUCCCCGUCGUCCGCUGGAGUCUCCGUAGCUGGGGGUCUUCCCGUAGCAACACCGGUUCACCUGCCCGAUAGCACUACAGACAGCUGGUCUGGCUACUAUAGCUCCCAGCGGCAGGAUGGUGUCGGCAAGCCAUUCAGCAACAAGAGCGUUUCGCUCAAACAGCGCUGCAGGGAUUACGACGAAAAGGGAUUUUGUGUACGUGGUGACCUUUGUCCAUUCGACCAUGGAAACGACCCUCUCAUUGUUGACGAUGUCAAUCUACCGAACAUGAUUCCGUUCCCUCCUCCACCUGUCAUGCCCCCUGCUGGCCUGCCCAUGCCCCCGAUCACUGAGCCACCGCCUCCCCUCAGGAUGCCUGUGAUGCCACCCUUUGGCCAGCCUCCACCCCCAGGUGUCUUCCCUAUGAAUGGACCCCCACUGAUAGCAACCAGUGGCAUUGAUACCGCCAACCACCAAACGGCAAUCACUUCUUCUCCUCCUAUCCGACCUCCUGGUGUGGGGAUGGCGCCUACUCAUCCUCCUCCUCCACUUCCACCCUCGUCCUCAUCUGUGUCUCUUCGUCCCCAAUAUGUCCAGUCUGAAUAUAACUAUGAUCCAGAGGGCUAUAACCCAGAAUCACCAGGCCUGACAGCAGCAGGUCGUAACCCGUACCGUCAGUUCAUUCCCCGAGUGCAGACCCAGCGCUCCAACCUUAUUGGCCUCACCUCCAACGAAGGACAAGGAUCCAGAGCUGCCAACAUUGUGAUACAGACAGAACCCGCCACUGCAGCCAGCACUCCUGGAAAUAGUGCCCUCCGUUUCAACACAGAGCAGGACACCAGGAAGAGAACCAUGGGUCCCAGUGUCGCUGAGGCACCAACAGUUAAAAAACCCUGGAUGGAGAAGCCAACCUUUAACAACCAACAUAAGAACACUUUUCCCAAGAGGUAUCAUUAUGUGAACACCAAGUUGGAGGUGCGCAAGAUCCCACGUGACCUUAACAACAUCACCAAGCUCAAUGAGCACUUCAGCAAGUUUGGAACCAUCGUCAAUAUCCAGGUGGUGUUUGGCGGAGACCCAGAGGCGGCGUUAAUCCAGUACACAAAGAAUGAAGAAGCCAGGCGGGCCAUAUCCAGCACCGAGGCGGUCCUUAACAACCGCUUCAUCCGUGUGUAUUGGCACCGCGAGCCCGGCACUAACGCAACAGGGCUUCAGGAGCAGAGUUCAGGCAGCCAGGUGGCCGGAUCAGCACCCUGCCAGGCGCUGCAGCACAGCAACAUGCAUACGCAGGGGAUAAAGCAGCAUAGUCCAGCCGCCUAUGUGUUGAACAAGACUGUACCCAAGCAUCGCAUGCCAGUGUUGCCUGGCUUCACAGCUACGAUCAAGCCUGACAGCCUGAACCCAAACACCGAUGCUGUCACUGUGGCGUCUGCACUGAUGAACACCCAGAAGAGCCCUUACGCUUCCCCAGCCCUCAAGUCAUCCUCAAAGAGCUUUGGGAAAACGGGAAAAGCACUAGAAGCACAGGAAAUCCUCAAGAAGAAACAGGAGGCAUUGAAACUCCAGCAGGACAUGAGAAAGAAGAAGCAAGAGAUGUUAAAGACACAGAUUGAGUGCCAGAAGGCCUUGAUAAACCGCCUGGAGAAGAACCGAGGGAUGAAACCUGAGGAGCGAGCCAACACCAUGAAGACGCUAAAGGAGCUGACGGAGAAGAUCGCACAUCUGCAGAAUGAAAUGAACCCUGCCUCCCAGGUAUCCAGUGCUAAACCAAACCACGGCCAGUCAAAGACAAAGACUGAUGCCCAGAAGGAAUUGCUAGAUGCUGAGCUGGACUUUCACAAGAAGAUGAGCUCUGGAGAAGAUACAACAGACCUCAAGAGAAAACUGGGACAGUUACAGGUGGAGGCGACUUGGUUGGGUCUGAUCCGGCCCCCAGCGGGUCGAGGUCGGGGUCGAGGGAAGAUGGCGCUGGAUCCCGGAUUGGCGCAUGUGGGCCGUGGCAGAGGACGAAGCCGGGAGAUGAUGGCUCGAAGCGGGACCGUGAACCGUAUGGUGGUUGACCACAGACCCAGGGCCCUGGCUAUUUUGGGGGUCACUCAGGAGGAAAAGGAAGAGCUGAUGCCUCACUUUGUGAAUUUUGGUGAGGUUGAAGAUGUCCGUGACCAAGACGCAAACAGUGUUGUCAUGACCUUUAAGACGCGAAGCGAAGCAGAGAAUGCAGCUAACCAGGGAGCAAAGUUCAAAGGUCGUGUGCUGCAGAUUUCCUGGUACAAGCCAAAGACGCCUUUGGUUACAACAGAGCCGGAGGUGGAAGAGGCUAAAGAUGAGGACAAUACGAAGGAAUCUACCUCUUAUUUGCCUGGUGGUGAAGUAGAAGAGGAGGAGGAAGACGACGAUGAAGAUGACGAGUAUGAGAGCCGGUCUUGGAGACGAUGAGGGCGUUGUGAUUCGUCGUGGCCUGCUCUCCAGCCCAAUCCGUCUGUUCUUUUUCCCAGUGUGCAGAAAAAAAUCUGAAAGAAAUUGACUUUUUUUCCUUUCCAGUAUUUUCAAACUAAAUAAUUUUAGACUAAUCAAAGUAAACCUGUUUUUACUUUACUGUACAUCAAAAGAAGUUCAGAGGGCAGACAGUUUUUGUAUCCCUCGAACUGAACAAUUAUUUAAAACGUCUCACUUUUGCUGAGAAAGAUAAAUGUUAAGUUGUUCUUUAUAGAUAGAAAAACCUAUGUAAGUUUCAGUGUGCAUACCAGAUUAUUAAUAUCAGUAAUGCACAACAUUUGUGUCUACUGUGAAUAGGUAUUUUUAUACAUCCUGUGUUUAAACUCUUUUCUCACCCGUUUUUCUUUUUAAAUCUUGUCCUCAGUUCAGGGACAGCCAUUCCUUCACCAAUAGAACGUUCUCUGUCGCUACCAGAGAGAUAUUUAUUUAUUUUUCCACUGCAUAAAUGCCCUGUGCAGUGCCUGUAUUGGCACAGUAUGGUUUUCCCUUUCACUUUGCUCUCUGCGUUUGUUUAGGUAUGGAUAAGCCCAACAUGUUAAACAAUCCACAAUAUGUUUCUCACUGUGGCGGCAUGAAGACAUACUAGUUUGCGCAUGUUGUAUUCUAAACAAACAAACAAACAAACUGCUCAGCACCCAAAGGUGCCGAUGCCCUAACCAUAUUAGAGCCAGUGCGGGUACAGAAGGAUACCAGUGCAAUAGAAAAAUCUAAACUAUGUUUACAAAUUGCCGUGUCCAUGCACGUCAGAUACAGUCUUGUAGUAAAAUCUCUAAUUUUUCCCCGCUUGCUUUUUGUUGCUCACUAAAUGUCCGGUGCCACUCUGUGUAAACGUGAACUCCCACACAGGGUUCUACAUUUACUAAGAGUGUGCAACAUUAUUCACUUGUUUUAUUCUGUCUCCUGGUCAUCCAAAGGGCCGGGCAGGACAAGGCUCAGAUCACCCAUUUCAAAGAUGCGAGAUCGCGAGACAGGUGUUUGAAUGUAAUACGGAACAGUUGAUUUUAAAAUAUAUAUGUGUGUAUAUACAUAUAUAUUUGUGUGUAUGGAUGUAUGUAUGUAUGUAUAUG